CGAGCGUGGCUGAAAUGUAACCACAAUAACAUUGUAAUUUUACGAGACAAUAAAUAACUGUUUAAAUAUACUCAACGUAGAAUAAUGCGCUUAAUGCAUGUAAUAUAUUUGAAAUUUUGAGAGGAUAUUGCUUUGGAACGAAGGUUGUUAUGACAAUAACGCGAUGUGAAGCACGACCAAAGAGUUUAUUGGUAUCAAAUGAGCUUUGGCGCCAUGACAGCGGAAUCAUCACGGCGGUCAAGAUCAGUUUCCAUGGAAACCGGCGGCCUACCACUGGUUUCGACGUUUGCGCUCCUCACUAUUGUUGCAGGCCAACUGCAAGGGUCGGGCUACACUGAACAGGAGCCGGAAUUUCUGUCACCGUUGGAAAACCUGACAGUGGCUCAAGGCAGGGAUGUGCACUUCACGUGUACUGUCAACCAUCUCGGAACUUAUAAGGUGGCCUGGAUAAAAUCAGACACGAAAACAAUCCUGGCCAUUCACACUCACAUGGUGACAUUAAAUCCUCGGCUGUCAGUGACGCACAAUGGUCACAACACUUGGAAGCUGUACAUCAGCAAUGUGGAACCGAAGGAUUCUGGCACCUAUAUGUGUCAGAUCAACACCGACCCCAUGAUGAGUCAGAUGGGUCACCUCUCAGUGGUGAUACCGCCAGACAUCGCUGAUGAGGACGGUUCCGAAGCCAGUGCUCCUGAAGGUGGGUCGGUGGAACUGCGCUGCACAGCCGCUGGUGUGCCAGCUCCUAUUAUAUCGUGGAAGCGGACUGGAGGUCGGAACAUUGUGUUCCGUGAUGAUGAUGGGAAGGAGAUCAAAGUUGUGGAGAGCUACGUGGGUUCAAUCCUGUCUCUGAAAGGGCUGCAGCGAUCUGACAUGGGCACGUACUUGUGCAUCGCAGCAAACGGUAUUCCGCCGACUAAGAGUCGUCGGUACGAAGUCUCUGUGCUCUUCGAGCCGAUCGUGCGAGUGGCGAGUCCAGUGGUACUCCGGGCGGCUGACAUGCAAGUCACUCUCCAGUGCUACGUCGAGGCCUCGCCUAAAUCACUCAACACCUGGCAACGGGGAAAAUCACAAGUUGGUGGCAAGCUGCUAAACAGUUCAAAGUACGUGAUAUCAGAAGAGAUACUGAACGAGUAUGCGUUACGAAUGAACCUCACUAUUAAUCGCUUGAAGAAGAGCGAUUUCGGCGAAUAUACCUGCACAGCGGCCAACGGCUACGGCAAAGCUGAAGGCAUUAUCACUUUAAAAGAGACUCCUCAGAGGACAACAACGACAACUACGACAACAACAACAACAACCACAACAACACCGCGCCCAACAACAACAACAGUUGCAACAACACGCCCUCCGAAGCGUCACCUCAAGAAACAACACGACCGCGGCAAUCAAAACUCACUCGACCCCGACAUGCGGCAACCAGAAGUCAACAACGCUUUCAAUUUCUACAACAACGCGUUCCCGCCGCCCAACAACUCCAUCAACGAAUACGCUCAAAGAACCGAACGGCAGAAACUACGCCCCACCGGCUCACCACCACGAUACAUCGUAUACAACCACGCCAACAAAAUUGGCACUAAAACUGUCUUCUCCAUGUUCAUAUUGCUACUAAACUUUGUUGUAUAGAAAGAAAUUAGAUUUCUGCAUAAUUUAAUAGCAUUAACAAGUAGUGAUAAAAACAUGGCUGUUGAAUUUUAUAUGUGUAAGUACGUAUUUUGAGGUUGUUGUAAACGUUUUAGUGGAUCUCGAUGUUAAUAUUGUUAUGAAAAACAUUAUCGACAGUUAAUAAUAAAUAAUGAGUUUCAGCCUUAAAAUGUAAAUUGAGACAAUAAAUACGAUAAAGGGUAAGCUCGACUGUCUUUGAAGCCUGUAUAAGUAUUUUUGAUUGAUUCAAGUGAUUAAAAAAUUCGAAGUUACACCACGUCAUGAUGCACACGUUACCACAAUUCGCUUGAGAAUAAUGUAGCAAGCGUAUUUAUUAAUCACAUGCAUCAAUCAAAUAAUAAACAGGUAUUUUUCUGGAAAUGCUGUUGAUGAUAAAUAAUUACGUAAUAACAACUAAAUAUUUUUGAAAUAAUAUCAUUAUUAUCAUAUCAGACGGCUAUUUAAUAAAAUUGGAGGAAUUUGAUAGACUUGAAGCGAUGGAACUUGUCUAACGAGGUUCAAGAAACCCUGUUUAGCUAACGUUUUUAUUAUUAUCUUAUUAUUAUUCUAUACAACUCUUAUUAUACAAUCUCAUAUAAUAAUGGCAUAAUAAUUUAGAAUAAUAACUUGUAUUUAUAAGAGAAAAAUAUGAUAAAUAUAAAAUUAGUGCGUAUAAAAUUUGUAUAUGACAAUAUGAUGUAAAGACAAUACAUAGUUAGUAGAAAUAAGUUAGAAUGACAAUAAAAAUGAUAGUUGGUUUUAUUUCAUUUGCAUAGUUGUAGUUACAUAAGUACCUAUACAAGUUGUAAGGUUUUUUUCUAUUAUUAAAAAUAAAAGAAUAUUUCUUUUAAAGAGGGUAUUUUGUAUAUAAAUUGUACAAGUGCCCAAAACAACGAAAUGAAUGACCAAAAUUUAUAUAAUUUUGAAGUGUUGUUAAAUUAUGUUUCGUCUAUCCUCUUUAUAUUUUGUUUAAGAAAACAUAAGUUCAUUUAUUUAAUUUAACAUAUUUUGUAAUACAGUAGAAUAAAUAAGACGCUUUAAAAA